AACCAUCUCUGCCCCUUAACUUUUACUCACACAUUACAGUUCUCCUCAAAUCCCAAACUUUUUGGGGUCUUGAUUCUUGAGAAAUUCUUGAUCUUUCUUUUCCUCUUCAAAACCAGCCUUUUGUUUCUGAAAACUCACUGCUCAAAUGGCUAGUACACAGAUGAAAUCCGUUGCCACUUUGCUUCUGUUGCUUAACUUUUGCAUGUAUGCAAUUAUUUUGGGCAUUGGUGGCUGGGCCAUGAACCAUGCAAUUGAUCAUGGCUUCAUCAUUGGUCCUGGGUUACGACUACCGGCGCAUUUUUCGCCAAUUUACUUCCCCAUGGGGAAUGCAGCCACUGGUUUCUUUGUGAUAUUUGCUUUGUUGGCUGCUGUGUUUGGAGCUGCCUCAGCAAUCUCAGGAUUGAACCAUAUUCGCUCAUGGAGUGCUGAAAGCUUAGGAGCAGCAUCUACUGCUGCUGUUUUUGCUUGGACUCUCACUAUCCUUGCCAUGGGUUUUGCAUGCAAGGAGAUUGCACUGGAUUUCAGAAACGCUAGACUGGUAACAAUGGAGGCUUUCUUCAUUAUUCUCUCUGCUACACAACUAGUUUACAUAAUCGCCAUCCAUGGUGCUGUAUCCACAAGAUGAGAGUUGAAUGAUGAAACAUUUCUUUGAUUCAUUGCUCAUUUUCAUUUGUCUUUUGGUGUCAAUUUCCUUGGUUUUAGAAUAUUAUUUUUUUGUGAUCUGUGUGGUGUGAUUUUAUUUGUAUGAAUUGACAAUAAACAUUGGUUUGAUAUUUUAUUUAAAGCUGGAUUCACUCA